GUUGUUCAGUGUGGGAUGACGGAAGGGAGGCAGGCUGAAUCAAUCUCUCACACCUGUAGGAUUGUCUGUGCACAUUGUUUCUCUCUCUAUACAAGGAAUGUGGACAAAGGUAAUCCCUUCCUUGCGUUGGAAAUGACAUGUAACUGUCCUAAAGCUCCAGAUGCUGCCUGCAACAUGGAAGUGGACAAGGACUAUUCCAAGGAGGCCAUUCGAAUGGAAUCUUAUGCCAAGUUUCCCAGUAGCUGCCCAAUCUCUGCACCAACCCUGGCACGUGCUGGCUUUUAUUACACUGGAAUCCAAGACCGAGUAGAAUGCUUCAGCUGUAGAGCAAUUGCUGAAGGCUGGCAGCACGGAGACUCCGCCAUUGGCAGGCAUCGGAAAAUCUCCCAAAAUUGCAAGUUCAUUAAUGCUUAUAGUUCGAGAAGUGAAUUAAUUCACACCCAAGAACCCACAAUUCAGAAUUUAAAUCCCCACAUGGCAAUGAACUGUGCAUCCAGUGAUACUAACCACAAGUUAGACUCUGAGACGCAAGCUGACUCUGAGAUGCAAGCUGAUUUCUUAUUAAGAACAGGAAGAGUUGUUGACGAGUCUGAACCCAAAUACCCUAAAUUUUUAAGUAUGAGUAGUGAAGAUGCAAGACUAAAAACAUUUAAGAACUGGCCAAGUUAUGUUCGUGUUACACCAAAGGAUUUGGCAAAUGCAGGACUUUUUUACACCGGUGGUAAUGACCAAGUCAAGUGUUUCUGUUGUGGUGGAAAGCUGAUGAACUGGGAACCUGGGGACAUAGCAUGGAAUGAACAUCGUAGACAUUUUCCAGACUGCUUCUUUGUUCUGGGUAGGGAUGUUGGGAAUGUAGCUCUUGAAUCCAGCAGUAUACCCUACAGUACACGAAGAGGUUCUGAGGUUCCUGAUCAUCCAGCAAUGAGUCAGUACAAAGCUCGACUUGACAGUUUUGUUAACUGGACUUAUCCCAUCAACAAGGAGAUACUCUCAAAAGCUGGAUUUUAUAGCACUGGUGAGCAAGAUGCAACAAAAUGUUUUUAUUGUGGAGGGGAGUUGAAAGUUUGGAGCCCAAGAGAUGAUCCAUGGGAAUUACAUGCAAGAUUCUACCCAGGAUGCAAGUUCCUUGUUGAUGAGAAGGGGCAGCAUUUCAUUAACACUGUGCAGCUAACCAAACCUCUGCCGUCUAGGCUGCCAAGUGUUGACAUACCACUCCCUGAAGACAGUGAAUUAAUGAAGAACCCUUUGGUGGUUAGUGCCCAGCAAAUGGGAUUUCAUCUUGAAGAAAUUAAGAAACUCAUGCUAAAGAAAAUAAAAAACACAGGAACCAAUUACACAUUAAUGGAGGUUUUGGUAUCUGAUUUAUUAAAUUCUCAGACUGAAAAUGGGAGUGUGACGCCCAGAGACAUUGAGAACAGCAUUGAAGAAAAGCUCAGGAAGCUAGAGGAGGAAAAAAUCUGCAAAGUGUGUAUGGACAAGCCUGUGUCUAUGGUGUUCAUUCCCUGUGGCCACCUUGUUGUGUGCUCAGAUUGUGCUGAAGCUCUUGAUAAAUGUCCUAUCUGUUGUACUAUUAUACAAAGACGGCAAAAGAUUUUUAUGGCUUAAAGUGUGAUUGUAGUAGUCAUAAAUUAAUUCUUAAAAAAUACCUUGUUUUACUGAAAUAUUAGCUCUGGUCAAGCAUCCAGCGCGUACAUGCUAAUGCUGUAGAAAUACUAAAAUAUAAUAUUAAAUCCACCAAUGUAACUGAUCAGUACCAAUUGUCCUACUAAUUUUUAUCAUACAUCUUCUAAUUCUGUUAUAAAAAUAUUUUUCUUGUAUGAAAUGAUAUGAUUCUCAUGGGGCAUUUAUGUGUACAGAACGUUGUUUUCACCUGCUGUCUUCUUACCACACUUGAUGGUACCACACUUGGUGAUAAAGCACCCUUUAUGUUUUCUUGCAAAUAUCAUUUUAUUAAACUUUUCAGAAAUGAA